ACAGCGACUUUGUUUUUAAAGGAAGUGGCCAAAACAAGUUGUCUACUCUCAGUUUAUACUUUCCGAUGAAGGUAAAGACACUAUGAAUGAGAGAUAAGGCGCAAUUUGCAAUUGCCGCAACACGAAGUGAAGACAAAAACAGCGGUUAGUAUCGUGACAGCGUUUCGUCACCGUUCUUCAGAUGCUUCUUUGAGAGACGAGGCUGACAAACGAGCAGUCAUGAAUCAGAAUUUUGAGCGAGCUCGCGGAGCUGGGGGGACCCGGAAUUCUCCAGGGGAGCCCGGAUUCGCGGUCCUCGGCGGGGAUGAUGGCGUCGCCGAAACGACGCUUUUCAACCAAAGCGAACCGCUGAGACAGCCGCGGACGAUGCCUCCACUGUCCGAGAACAACAUUAGCGCGACCAGCGACGCGGUUGUCGGUGGAGAAUGUAAAAGACGGAGUAAACUCCAGCAAAGUGCAAAUACCAACGAUAUGCCUGCCUCUCGAGAAUGUUAUGAUGUGGACUCCUUGGUCAAAUCCUCAAACCUUUCUGCCACCGCUCCAGAGUUUGUCCCCUCUGGAUUUAACACUUACGAAGACCCUGCCGUGUGUGAUGACAGUGAAGGCUAUUACAGUGAUAUUAACUUGGCCGAUAUGGUGACAGACUUCCUCGGUCACUUGAGCUCCUCACCAGGGUCGUUUGAGUCGGACAUUGAAUACAUGACUAGCAUGCUCAACUCCUUUGUUACAACUGAAGAGAUGCUGCAGAAUCUGGUGGAACUGAUUUAUCAACAGUCCACUGCCAUUCCGAACUUCUCUUACACGGGUGCAAGACUCUGCAACUACCUGUCCAAACAUCUCAUCGUUAGCCCAUCAAGUGGUAACUUUCGCCAGCUGCUCCUGAAAAGGUGUCGGACUGAGUAUGAACAAAGGGACGUCGCCGUAAGUGGAGAUGCAGACACUCAAAAGAAAUUCCACUCCUAUGUGCUCUUUCUCGGAGAGCUCUACCUGCACUUGGAGGUAAAGAGUGUAAAAGGACCUCCAAAUAGAGCAGAGGUUCUCCUCAAUGCUCUGAAAGACCUAAUGUACAGUCUGUUCUCCAAACCUGUGGACUCAAACCUCAUCUGUGCUGUCAAACUGCUUAAGCUUACAGGCUCGGUCCUGGAUGACACAUGGAAAGAGAGAGGACAACCACACAUGGAUGAUCUGAUGCAAAGGAUAAAAACGGUAGUACUGGAUGCCACAUGCAGCAGGGAUGUUCGACAGAUGCUUCUGAAGCUUGUGGAGCUGAGAUCCAGUGACUGGGGCAGAGUUCGUGCUGCUCCAUUAGCGAGCAACGCCACGCCAGACAACGACCCCAACUAUUUUAUGAAUGAACCUACAUUUUACACUGAAGAUGGCACACCUUUUACAGCAGCAGACCCAGAAUAUGCUGAGAAAUACCAGGAGAUCCUGGACAGGCAGGACUAUUUCCACGAUUUCGAUGGCGAAAAUGGAAAUGACCGUGAUGACUCAUACGACGAUGAAGAUGAGAUGGAGCCUGAAAUGGAAGAAGCUUUUGAAAGCUUUUGUUUAGAAUCGGAGCGAAAGCGACAACUGUUGUAGUGUAAUGUUACCACUCGGCUUACUGGAAUGUUUCAAAGCAAAAACAAACAUUUAUUGGCAGAAUUGCGGUUCUAACUUUUCCUUUUACUGCAAAACAAGCAUUUUAACAAAAAGAGCUGUUCAUAGUAGCAGAUUUUUUCCUGUCAGUGCUGAUUAGAGAAUGGGGACAAUCAGUAGGAUAAUUGUUAAAAAGUAUGAAGGUUUUUUAGACACAAGUUUUCUUUGUUGUUUUAAUUCUUUCAUGUAUUUCUGUCAUUUAUGCCUUUUAUGAGGGAAAAGUGUGUGCUGUGGGUUAUUUGCUAAAAGGCACAUUGGGUUCAUCAUCUCAUUCUAUUUUAAUUUACACCCCAUGCAUAAGGAACUGGCCAAAUGCACCAUAAAUAGGAGAUUUUUCUUUUUAGUACACACCUACAUAAUACCUGCUUUUACAGCCCUUUUUCUCCACUGUUAUGGAUUCAUGGCCCAUUUCAUUCAACAAAAGUAAAUACAUGAUUACUUUGACAGGAGCUAAGUUCUUUUUCUUUUGGGGUUAAAACAGUAUAAUACAUAUUAAGCACAUGCCUCACAAUCUUGAGAAUGCUGUGUGCAUCCAAAUUCAUUUACUAUUAAAUAAAUAUAAGACAGUUUUGUUUUCUAGAUGUAGCUUUAAAUAUCUGCACAUCUGAGGUUUUUUUGCAUUUGUCCCGAGAUGCAGUUCACUGACGACUUUGCAUAACAUAAAAAGGAAUGUUGCGUUUUAGUUUGUAAAUAUUAUUUAUGACACUAUUUGCCUGCAAUAAAUUCUUUAUAAUGUGAGUUUUUAUUUGCUUGGUUUGUGUUUGAGCUUCCUUGACUUGCAGAGGAUCCACAGUGAGCCGAGACACAAGUUACUCAAAAGUCAGCUGUUCGUACUGUACCAGAGCCAUUUCAUGUGAAUUUAUACCUCUAACAUUGUUUUUAUGUUGCACUGAUGCUGAUUAAAGUACAUUUGAAGUUUUGACACAUUA